AUGAAAUGAAUCCAACAAAAUUUCAGAACUCCCAAAUGGGAUCAAAUUUCAAGACUAAAAUGCAGGCAUGCAUUCCACCUGGUGCCUUAGCAAGGGGACGAGGAAAAAGCUUAAAAUCUAUGGGCUUCAAGAGAGUAAUGGCUGAAGAAACAACUCCAAUUGGUCAAAAUAAAAACUUAAAAGCAUCAACUUAUCAAAAAGAGCCAGCACAAAAUGUUAUUGUUGUACCUUUUGCUUUUGAUCCAAAUGAGGAUGAUGGUCCCCUCUCUCCAGAAGUUGAAGUCAUGCAAGAUAUCCAGACAAAUGAAAUAAGUCCUCGUGAAUCUGCUGAGCCAAAAAAGUUAGAGGAAAGAACAUUUGUAAAAAUGUUGGACGACUCAAACCAGGUGAAAAAUUGAGAGUCACUUUUUAUCAGAAUCGAGUUGUUGGAAAUCAUCAUACAUCUUUGUCAGACACUUGGGGAUUUUAGUUCGUGAUCGUAAUAUGUGUCCAUUGCGGGUACACUCAUGGAUGGACAUCGAAAAGGACAAGCUAGAACAUAUGUGGAAUGCCGUUACGGAAACAAGUACAAGAAACUCAGUGAAUAGGUCUAAGCUGAGUAUGCCUCAUCGUAUGAGUAGUAAGCCUAUUAGAGAGAUAAUUUAUGAAUUGGGAGGAAAAGACGGUAAGCCACCAAACAUGGACACUAUCUUCUUCGAGACACGUAAGAAGGAUAACAAGCUUGUCGAACCUGAAACAAAUGCAAAAUAUGUUGAGAUCCAGAAACUGGUUCAAUCUGAUUCAUCUCUUACAAAUAUUGAGGUCGUCGAAAAGUGCUUUGGGCUUCAACGUAAGAGUCAUGUGAUUGGAUUUGGAGGUGGGAUAACAUCUAAGGAGUUGAAAGGUGGUAACUCUUCAAAGGCUGCAUUGCUAGAUAAGUUGAACGCAAGUGAGAAAGAAAAUGAAUUAUUAAAAAAACGCAUGGAUGAGUUGGAGAAUAAAUGUCAACGCAUGGAUGAGCUCGAGAGAAAAUAUGAACAACUUGCAAGUGUAGUGUUUGGUGAACCUACAUCAACACCAUCUUGCAAGUGUAGUGUUUGGUGAACCUACAUCA